AUGCAAGAACCAGAACCAGAACAAGACACCAAACAACCACUCCCACCCUCCUCCCCACCAUCAGAACACACAAGUUCCACCCUGUCUCCAAACCGCGGGAUCCAAAUCCCCUCGAAACACGACUACUUCACCUCCGGCUUCGCGUACCCUCCCUUCCUAGCCGACUACGACAUCUCCCCUCACCACUGGACCCAGUUCACCCACGACCUCAACGAGGAGGUGAAGCUGUCCCCCCGACAAUGGGCCACGACAGUCGCCAAGGGCGUCAGCGUCCUCGCGCUGGGCGGGAUGAUGGCCGGCGUGCUUGGUGCGAUUCCCGCUGUGCUGGUAGCGCGCAAGGCGAGGCGGAACCGCGAGGAGAUGAAUCUGAUUAUUGCUGCUUCGGAGCGGCCCGCGGAUACGGAUUCGGGGUCAAGGCUGUUGAAGAAGGUUGAGCGGUGGAAUGAGACUUUUUUCCGGCCACGGGGGAUUGUGGUUCGGGUUGAUCUCCCGUGGGAGGAGCUGGAUGAGAUGCAGGGGAUGGAGGUGCUUCCGGCGUCGAGAUACGGCUCGUCAAGGAGAGAUGAGCAGGCUGCUAGGGAGGAUGCGUCGCGAAAGGCGCGGAUUGUGAUUAUUCCAGUAGAUACAGAUCCUUCAGGUUCAGGUUCAGGUUCAGCUUCAGCGUCAAAUUCGUGA